AUGGCACAUAAGCUUGUUGAAAAAUCUCAGGUUGGUCCAGCUAUACGCAGAACCACAUCUCUUUCCCUCACAUUCCUUGACUUACCUUGGGCAGGUCCUAUUCAUGUUAGACGCCAAUUCUUCUAUCCCUUUCCCCAUUCCACACAUCAUUUCUUCGAAACUAAUCUCCCUACUCUCAAACGCUCUCUCUCCCUCGCUCUUCAACGUUUCUUCCCUCUCGCUGGAAAUCUUAUGUGUCCGCCACCACCCCACAAACCCUUCAUUCGUUGCACCGAUGAUGACUUUGUCACCUUAACCAUCAUCGAGUCCAAAGCGGAUUUCAACCAUCUUUCGUCCAACCAGCCCAAAAAUCUCAAAGAGUUGGAUCACUUGGUUCCCAAGUUGACAUGCACAACUAUCCAUGAAGAAGACACGUUCAUAUUUCCUUUAGUAGCCUUGCAAGUCACGAUUUUUCCCAACCAUGGCCUUUGCAUGGCAAUCACAUAUUGCCACGUGAUGGAUGAUAGGUGUUGUAGUCAUUUCAUGAAGUCUUGGUCUUCCAUUUGUCGAAGCGGCGGCGUUGACCUCACAAUUGUGGAGAAGUCGCCACCGUGCUUUGAUAGGGAAGUGUUGAAGGACCCCAGGGGACUCGAGGCUAUUUUCUUAAGAGACUAUUUUGAAGAGAGGUCAACGUGGAAGGACAAACUCAUUAUUGGUCAAAAUCCUAAACGUGCGUGUGAUGAUGAGGAUUAUGUUAAGGCAACGAUUGUUUUUGGAAGAGAUGAUAUUGAGGGCUUAAAAAGAUGGGUACUGAAUCAAUGGACGGAAAAUGACGAAUUUAAAGCGCCAAAAUAUAUAUCAAAAUUUGUUGUGACGUGUGCUUUCGUGUGGGCUAGCUUGGUUAAUGCAAGAUAUCAAAAUGACGAAAAAGAAGUGACGAAAGAGGAGCAAUUCCAUUUUGGUUUUGCGGCAGAUUGCAGAGAUCGCUUUGAGUACCCUGUGCCAGAAACAUACUUUGGAAACUGCUUAAUGAUGUGUCAUGCAGAGCUAAAGAAAAAGGAGCUAAAGGGAGGUGGUGGUUUUGUGAACGCGGUCAAGGCCAUUGAAAGUGCAGUAUCUAGUGUUACAAAUAAACCCUUUGAAGGUGCAGAAAAUUGGAGGGCAACGUUUAGAAAGAUGUAUGCAUUGGAAAGCACGGUGCUAGUUAAUGGGUCGCCCAAGUUCAAUGUUUACAAGACUGAUUUUGGAUUUGGAAGACCAACCAAAGUGGAUAUGGUACAUCCCUUCAAGUGUAUGUCUCUUUCUGAAAGUGGAGACAAGGAAGGAGGGCUUGAGGUUGGUUUGGUAUUUAGGAGUGGAGAAUUUGAAUAUUUCAAUUUUAUCAUUGAACAAGGACUUGAAGCUUCAAAAUUGUUUGGAGCACACAAACUAGUUGAAAGUUUUGAGGUUGGUCCAGCAAAACCCAUUGAUUCUAGAGAUAAAACCACCACCUCUUUUCCCCUUUCAUUCCUUGAUUUGCAUUUGGUAGGUCCUAUUUACGUGAGACGCCAAUUCUUUUAUCACUUUCCCUACUCCACGCACCAUUUUUGCAAAACUACACUCCCCACUCUCAAAACCUCUCUCUCACAAACACUUCAACACUUCUUCCCUCUGGCCGGAAAUCUCCUCUGUCCACCACCACCCCACAAACCCUUCAUUCGUUGCACCGAUGAUGACUCUAUCACCUUCACCAUCAUCGAAUCCGAAGCAGAUUUCAACCAUCUCUCCUCCAACCACCCCAAAAAUCUCAAAGAUUUGGAUCACUUGGUUCCCAAGUUAACAUGCACAAACACUCAAGAUGACACGUUCAUUUUCCCACUAGUGGCUUUGCAAGCCACGGUUUUCCCCAACCAUGGCCUUUGCAUAGCCAUCACAUACUGCCACGUCAUGGAUGAUAGUUCUUGCAGUCAUUUCAUGAAGUCUUGGUCUUCCAUUUGUCGAAGCGGUGUCGUUGACUUGAAGUCACCCCCAUGUUUUGAUAGAGAAGUGUUAAAGGACCCUAGAGAACUCGAGGCUAUAUUCUUAAGAGAGUAUUUUGAAGAGAGGUCAACAUGGAAGGACAAACUCGUCGGUCCAACUUCUGAACUUUCUAGUGGUUAUCAAGAUUAUGUCAAAGCGACUAUUGUGUUUAGAAAAGAAGAAAUAGAAGGGCUGAAAAAGUGGGUGUUGAAUCAGUGGGAGAAAAACGAUGCAUUUAACACGCCACAGUAUCUGUCAAAAUUUGUGGUGGCUUGUGCUUUUGUGUGGGCUAGCUUGGUUAAAACAAGAUGUAGAAAUGACGAUGAAGAAGAGUUAAAAGAGGAGUACUUUCGUUUCGCAGCUGAUUGUAGAGGUCGCCUUGAGUACCCUGUGCCAGAAACAUACUUUGGAAACUGCUUAACUCUAUGUAAUGCAAUGCUAAAGAGAAAAGAGCUUAAGGGAGAAUGUGGUUUUGUGAACGCAGUUAAGGUCAUUGAAAGAGCAGUGACUGAUAUGAAAAAUAAACCAUUUAGAGAUGCAGAAAAUUGGAAGGGAUCGUUUACAAAGAUGUUUGUGUUGGGAAGUACGUUGUUAGUUACAGGGUCACCUAAGUUCACUGUUUAUGAGACUGAUUUUGGAUUUGGAAGACCUAUCAAAGUUGAGAUGUUACAUUCCUUCAAGGGUAUGUCUCUUGCUGAAAGUGGAGAUGAGGAAGGAGGACUUGAGGUUGGAUUGGUAUUUAGGGACAUGGAAUUUGGAUAUUUAAUUUCUGUAAUUCAACAAGGACUUCAAGCUUCAAAAUCCUAA